UUAAAGUCCCAAUCAAUAUAAUUAAAAAUUUAAUAACAUGAUAAUUCAUUAUGACGACAACAAGUAAAUCAUCUACACAAUAACAGACUCUACCAUAGUUUUUUUAAUUAAUUCUCCAAAAUUUUCUGUGGUCUCCGUUAAAUUGCUUUCAGUUUGCUGGUCCGUGGGCUGUGGAGGCAAGUCCGAGGCAUCUUGCGUAACGUGGUCAGCGUGGUCCAAGCUCAACAGGGUGUUGUGACUGAACCAGUUCUCAUCGUUCUCUACUGACUGUAACUUAUUGCUACUUUGAUAUGGCAACGACAUCAGAGUGGAAUAUUGCGAUUCACCUUUGUUUUCACCGUCCACACACUCUGAAGGAUUAUUUUUGUACACUUCAUAUUGAUUUUGAGGCAUAUUGUGGUAUUGCAGGGAGUUGUGAUCGUUUACAUUAGUGUUUGACUUAUGUAAGUAAUGCGGCACAUACAUGUGACCGUAAUGACUGAACAUAUUUAUUUGGGAAUUGUGCGCGAAUUCUUCAAAACUUGUUGCAGAGAAGCUCUGUAAACCUUUGAAAUGAUGAUUUUCAUUAUGAUGAUCGUAAGUAUAAUUGAGAUCACAGGGGAAUCUUUGCAUGUUGUUUGGCAUUGAUUCAUAAGCCAUUGUGUUAGCUACAGAGUAAGGUGGACCUUUACCUUGGAGAAUAUUCGAAGUGUAUGGAUCAGCGAGGUUAUGAUGAGUGUUUACAUUUUGAUAAUGCAUAUUAUUUUCAUUUAUAUUUCUAUUGUUCACUGCAUCAUUUCGGUAUCCAUAAGUCAUAUCUCCCUGCAUGUUAUUGAGAUUAACAUUUGUAUUUAUGUCACAAUGAACGUUGUUGAAAUUUCCAGCAUUAACACACGAUUCAACUUCUACUCUCGGACUUAAACUGACAUCACGCAAUAGGCCUUCUUCGUGCCGCUGACAAUGUUCUCUAUCAAACAUGUUAGGAGCGCACUUUGAAUUGGCGACAUUAUGUACUUCCGCCCAUUGCCUUCUGGCCGCCUCCUGGUGUUCCUCGUUCUUCUUUUCAAGACCUAUUCUCAUUAGAGUAUGAAUAAAAUGUGUCCGGACUCUUACAGGAUUAAAUUCUAUCCGACCAGUAGUAUUUCCACAACCGUCUCUUGUGCAUCCACAUGGAAAGUUAAGUCUGUCAACUUGACACUUUAUUCCAGCUAAACUACACGAACAACUCUCAGGAUUACACGCGCCCUUACAAGAGCAUCCACAAAAUUCACGAGACGUCCUAAUGUCUCUACAUUCAUCUUUUUCGUAACCUUCAAUUUUCCUAACGCCUGCAGCACGCAAUAAAGCUCUCCUUUGUCUAGUUGGAAUAGGCUGCAGAAAGUAAUAACUAUCUAGAUCUAGUUCUGACUCUGAUAUAUCGCUAGUUUCUUCCUCGGUGUCACUGUCUUCACUCGACGACAAAGAUGCGCCUUGCAAAGAAUGACGUUCACUCUUUAACUGUUGUAAGAUUUGUCUGUGCAAUCGUCUCUGUUCUAAAGCAUGUUCCGCUAAGGUAAAUGUUUGUUCGUGAGUGUGUUCCCAUUCCAUUCCUAAAGUGGAGCCACCUUGUGAUGGGACACAAGUGAACCCUUGAGCUCUAGGGAAGUAAUAUACCGUUACAUUGUCAAACUUAAUACUUUCCUUUUUUCUUUUCGCGUGUGGUUCAUCCGUAUCUUCACUGUAGUGUUUUCGUUUAAGACUACUUUUAAGGGACUUUUGCGAUUGCGUUAAAAUUGGAUGAUUACUGCUAUUAUCAGAUUUAUCAUCUAAAGCUACGCUUAUAUUAUUUUCAACUGGUCUUGAUUCUUCUGGAGGUUUGUUGACUAAACCGCUCGUACAUGGCAAUGAUAAAUUAAAAGAAGGCGCUUUAGUAUCUUCAUUUGUUUCGGAUCCAAUUCCCGAGUCACUACCGUCCGAACGAUCUUGAACUUCUUCUUCUCUGUCAUUGGGUGCUCCAUCAGGAGGUAAGCUACCCAAUGCCGAAUCUUCACUAUCAGCUGACGCUGUAUCUGUUUUUAUAUCUUCGAUAUCACUUAACGUAUCACUAUCAUCUAUUUUUACAGCAAAAUCUAUUUUACUAUCACUACUCUCAUAAAACUGAGAGUUGCUAUUGCUAUUUACAUGAUUUUGAUCUUCAUUACUGCUCAAAUCACUGUUACCAUCACUAUCACUGGCUUUUUCGUCUUUUGUCUCACAAAAGGACUCUUGUUCCGUUCCGACUUCUUCAGCUGGUUUUACUUCAAGUUCAUUGUUACUAUUUGGUUCCUCCCUCUCAGGGAGUUGUUGUACGGCAGGCUCAUCCAUGACUAUUUAAAAGUCUGUGGCCUCGACAAGCUUCAUCGGUAUGUGUGUGCUCCUUUAUGAAGUCUCCAGUCCAUGGCGAUUGCUGAGAAGCCUUUUGAUAACCAGCGUUUUAUCAUAAUCACAAUGAAUCGUCCAAUAUAAUUAUAAGUUCACUUUGCCACACAAAAGUCACUCCAGUUGUACCUAACAUUAAGGUUUACUUUCAACAUAACCACCAGCGCACAGUUGUAUUUUAGCCCUAUUUAUUUAUUUUCCGCCUUAUUUUGACAGUGAUAUUCUGGACACUAUAUAACGUUUGUACACUGUGGUUUUCAACCGAGCACCAUUAUCGUUUAUCAGUAUGCACAGGUAAACGACCUUCAAACGGAGAUAGAAUUUGAAAUAUUGAGCAUAAAAAUACACUCGCGCAAAGAGAGCCACUUUUACUACACCAAUCUCACAGCUCCCACCUCUCGUAAUCGCGUUGGACGACUCGAGCGACGCAGGCAAGUUUUUAUGCGGCACAAUACUGUGUGCGUCGGGUGAGUUGACUCAUCGUAUGUUGGGAUGCCUUUUAAAAUGAGUCGUAUAGCAGCUGCGUUGUUCGACGUGACGUUGCCUCGCCCCGCGCUCCCCGCACGCCCCGCCCCGGCCUUGCGUCCCUCCGCACCGCGAUCACCCGCGGGCUCGCGCAAGCGCGUUCCGUUUCUUGCGAAUGCAGUGAUACCACGUUGUAAAUAAAAAAAUCUUAAUACAAAAUGAUCAUUUUAUAUUGCAGUGAGGAGUGCUGGAAUUGAAAUUUCAUUUAACAAUAAGCAGAUUCAUACGUAUUAUUAUUCCCGUGGUACGACUCUAUUAUUAUCGUGGUAUUUUCCAUCUCGGUUUUCGGAAAAAAAUAACUUGAACGAUGAUUUCUGUAUUUUCUUCAUCAUCUUAACGGCCUAUUAAUUUCCCCACUACUUCUAGUUCUAGUACACAUAUUCCUUGCCUAUGGAUGGAGUAGGACUUCUGUAUUUUAACAUUUGAUAUAAUAUAUUAAUACAGGUAGAGACUACAUUUUAUAAUAUAUAGGUACCUAUAUCAUUUAGUAUUUUUUAUGAAUUAUUGUAAUAUUUACAACUCAAUAUAAUUUUAGGCUUACCUUAUUAGAUAACAAAACGUUGUAUUUUGCUUAAAGCUAAAUUGAUACUUUAGUUUUAACUUAACGACAGUGGAAAAGGAAAAUCGCUCAAAUGCCACUUUGGUAACUUUACAGAAACGAGGAUCACAGUUUUUUUUUUACAAAAAAAACUCAUUUCAUUUUGUAAAUGAGAAGUAGCGCCAUAAAAAUAAAAACAUAUUCAUAAAAUAAUAUCUAUUAAAAAUAUGAUCUGAUUCAAAUGAUUUAAGUAUAUAAAUCAUUUUCGACCAAGGUGGCGUAUAAGCGAAUUUGCCUCUCCACUGUCGAUAUCACUUUCCAAAUUCCCAUAAAUUAUGGUAGAGCUAGAGUCGGAACACAGGUUCACAACUCACAACCUUUUGCUCUUGGGCCAGCUCGACAGGUCUCGACCGACAUAAACUGUAUGUACGUCUACGUCAUGGUAAGACGGUUUAUACAUAGGUAGUGAACCCGCCAUUAUAUCUUCCCUGGUAUAUCUUUUAAGUACAUAUGUACUCAUAGAAGUUAUAAAUCAUGUUGUUGUAGAGCAAUGAACUUAUAUGGGUAUUAAACAAUAAUAGCAUGCUUUUGUAGCUAUAUUUAAAAUAACUCACGCUCGCCUUUAUAAUGAUAUUGCAAACACGAGAUGGCAAAGUAGCGUCAUCUCUCUGAUACGUAGACAAACUAUUUAUAUUGAACGUAAACAUCGCCCCUGAUACGUAAGGUAAUCGGCCGCUUGGGCUAUUUUCGAAGACGUCAACAGUGCACAGUUAUUGGCAUUAUUUUGAAUUAGGUGGGUAUGUGGUAGUAGUAGGUGGUGAAUGUACGUCAGCGACGCGGAUGGUACACUAGCUUCACUAGCGUUCUUCAAAUAAAUUGGCACUCGAAAGCGACAUAAUACGGGGCGAGGUGGGUAUACGUACCAACCGCUGUGUAUACGAUAAUCAAUAGAUAUUUUCAGGAGGCUUUCGUGGAGGGCGAAUGCGACGACCGCAGCCCACGUAGCGCCCUCUCGCUCGGCCCUGUAAUUUACGUAGAGCAUGGAAAAUUUUGCGAGAUUGCUGCUUAAUGAUUUUUAUGUCAUUAUUAUUAAAAGUGCAGUAUAUUUAUUAAGUGUCGGGUUCAUCGUCUACUUAUAGAUAAAUCAAUUCCCUUUCAACCAAAUCAAAAAACUUAAUCAUGACAAAAAAACUAACACUUCCGUAAAAGAAUAUUCGGCGAAAAUAUGGCACACUUUUCAGGUAGCAUCAAAACUUCUUCAAGUUUUUAUUGUUUUGUCAAAAAAAUAUUUAAGUUUAUGGUUAAAAUCCUAUGUAUUAUGUACUAUGUGGUAUUACUUAUGACAAACAAGAUCUUGAGUUUUAAAUUUAUUUGUUUAUUCAAUUCGUAAACACGAGAAAAUCUUAUGAUGGUUGAAACUUAUUAUUUUUAUCUAAAAUAAAAAUAAUAACAAGCAUCUUUAAUCAUAAUCACUGUUCAAUUUAUUAAGUUAAUAUGUAGCAGUAUAUCAUUCACAUACUUAGUGCCUACUGACAUGAUUUUUCAUUUAAUUAUACCUAAUAAUACAACGAAUCACAAGCUAAAAAAAUAAUAAGCCACAAAAGGUGGAUCAGUGAUUUUGACAUCCGAAUAAGACUGGUGAGUUGUAAACAGUUUUGACUACGACAACAAUGUGGCAGUCAAGUCAAGAUAUUUGUUUGGUAGAUCCCUCGCUUUACAUCACAUUUCGUUGCUUUUUUUAUCUCACUUCUAACGGUAUUCUACGUGCCGGCGGCGGCAGCGGCGACGCGAGCAUUGCACAUAUACCUAGCUGGUUUUUCAAGCCUGGUGACACCAGUACCGCGAGCUCAUUGCGGCGCUGGGAUGCGGAGCCCUCUCGCUGCGAGGACGUUAUCUCGCAGAAGGAGGCGGCUGAGAGGGAGCGGGAGGAUGAUCCUCUGGCCGCUCCCUCCCGCCAAAGGAGGACGGUUUUAACAAAUUGUUUAAAGUCAAAUAGAGAGAAUGAGGCUUCAACAUGAUUAUCUUUGAAUAAAGUACUUUGGUGAAAGUGGGCCUCAGUUUUCGGUAAGAUUAUUGUUUUCAUACACCACCUGUCUGAGAAUUCGUGAAGAUAGCUGAAGCGGCAGAGAAGUGUGUUGUUCCAACCAGCUAAGUCUUGCCUGCUUGAACAAUCCCACUCCCGUACCACAUGGAGUCUUGAAAACAUAUUCCAGCAGAAACACCAAACCCACGAGGUUAUUUCACUACUUUUCCGUUAAGUGGAAAUUCAUCCUCAGGAACCCUCCUCGUAUUGAACAGUGAAAAUCCACUACAUCUUCUACUUUUUCAUUUACUUCUAGUUUUAUUCAUAAAUAAUGCAUUUUUUAAAUCAAGAAAGAAGCUGAAAAAAGUGUGGUUUUUGAUACACAUGAUACUUUUGAAAGGCAAAUUUUGUAUGAAUAAAAGGCAUUCAAAAUAUUACUUGAGAAGGUUUUAGUGGAAUAAACUUCCAAAAUAUCAACACCUGGAUAAGGUAGUAGCUAGGUUUUUGAGUAUUCCAUGGCAACUUAACAUUUUCCGGGAUAUCAAGUAUCCUAUGCCUCAAUACAAGGUACCUAUAAUAUCUCUGUGGUAAAUUAUAUUCUAACAUAUUGAGCCGUUUUUGCGUGUAGGAAUAUAAAUCUUUAAAAAGUAUAUUUAGCAGAAUUAAGAUUGUCAAUAAAAAAUAUAUCUGAUUGCCAUAAGUUAAACAUAUAUCAAAGUAGAUGCUUUCCUUGUGCUUUUUGGAAAAAAAACUAAGAUGUUGAGGCUCCUUGUAGAGUGGUCAUAACCUUAGCUAAAGAGCUUGAGCGAUUUUCUUAAUACAAGUGCUUUAUUUGGCUAUUUACCUAGGAUUUGGGAUAAUAUAAUUGAAGAGUGUUAUAAUCAUAAUUUAUUUUUAAUCGAUAAAAAAAUGAUCAUAUGGGAAUUUGCAUUUCGUUGCUUGUCAAGUGCAUAUUUGUUGGAUGUUGGUCCUUGGUCAAUCGGAGGGAAACUAGUUCCAACAUUAUGUUAUGGCUUUUCUUUUACUAUUCACCGAUGAUAAUGAAUUAACUUUUAUUCUGUUUUCUUCCGAGAAUGAUCUCUUAUCAAUUUCGUGGAGACCCUUAGCACGAACCAAUAUCGAAUUCGUAACGUUUGUGUGUCCGAAAUGUCACUGUCAAAUGUGUACUCGUUUUUAGUUCUCGUUACGUACUUUGCGGCGCUGCUGUUCAAGUUUCCAUACAAUGACAUUUCGGACUCGCAAACUAUUCGAAUCGAUAUUGGUGUCAUUGUCAAAUGUGUAAAAUUACUAAAAUUUGAAACGUCAAAGCGUACUUAGUGAAGAUAAACAAGUUACUUACUAAACAGGUAAAUAUGAACUGUUUUCUCUAUCAAAAUAUGUAUUUCUAAUAGAUUGUGUGAUAUUUAUUGAUUAAAAUAAUCACCACGAGACAGACGUUACGUAUAAUAGUUGUACCACUACUGCUUAUGUAACGGUAUUGAUAACCGUGCCAGCCUUAACGUCCGGCCUUGUUAUUACAUUUUGAACUCUAAGUCACUUGCAAUAGAGCAUCAGUAGUACUCUCAGCAAAGAUACCAGAAAACCGACACAAUCAAAUUUAUUUAUUUUUUACUUUGAAACAUUAUUUGCAAUCUUUGUUCUGAAUCCAACUCGAAGUUGGGUAUAAACGAAGUUCAUUAAUUCAAUAACCUCCGCAGCGAAGUGUAUUAGCUUGGAUAGUAUUAGUGUAGCGUAGUAGUAGUGUGUGUAUUAGUGUAGUGUAGUAUAGUAAGCGAAUACACCGGUUUUCAAGGUGUCGCCUGCUCAAAGAAGACGUCUUGGGUUCGUAUCCAGAUGGGGGAAAUGUUUGUAUAACGAAUACGAGCUUUCUACCUAUUUGAUGUUUAUAUACGAGUAAAUACAGAAUUAUACGUAUUUGGGUAUCAUUAAAUGUAUUUUAUUCAUUACCCUAAUAUAACAUAUCGCAAGCCUUUAAGUGCUUACUUUGACGCCAGGCUGAUUGGCGUUAAGUGUUUACUUUGACGUUAGGUUGAGGGUAAGAAACAUUUUUGGUUAUACUUGACAGCUUAAACCAACCUGAAAAAUUGGGGUAAAUUAGAAUUUUCAAAAUUGUUGUACUUAGAACUUGACUAAAGAAAUUUUUACUUUGACUUUGAAUAGGCAUUCGGGUCUUGAGCGAUGGUAAAUACUCUUAUGAAAAAUCCAUUUUUUCACGAUUGCAAAAGUCAGUCGAUCAAUCCCCAUAUUUGAUGGAGAAUUUAUUCAUAAUCUGUUUUUCUAAGCUUUUUCGUCACUCGGUUGGAA